CUGUUCAUAAAUCUUCAAAGCCGGGAUCAGCAGCAGGUUGAGUGAAGACACUGAAGGAGGGAGAGUGAGGCAGAUGGAGAAGAAACGGUGAUGGGGAGGGAUCCAAAAAAAAACACAGCAUGGCGGGUGGGAGAGCAGAUAGAGAGAGGGGAGUGUGUGUGUGUGUGAGUGUGUGGAGGGGAGAUCCAUCCACUAAGGCAGAAGUUUCAGCUCCGCGCUCCACACACAGCCAGGACGAAGGACAGAAAGCACUAACAGGUAAAAUGUUGCUGCAUUCGAGCGUUCUGAUUGGCCUGCUGUGCCUGGGCCAGUCCGGCGGCGCCUGGGGAUUGGCCCGCCUGCUGGACAACGCAGAGCUGCGCUCGGCCUUCUCCGUGUCGCGCACCAACAGCAUGGAAGGUGGACCGAAAAUGACCGUGACCUUUGACAUGGUUUACGUCAACAUUGGGGGAGACUUCGACGCCAAGGCGGGAUUGUUUCGCUGCCGCAUCCCCGGGGCGUACUACUUCUCCUUCACGGUGGGGAAGUUCCCCCACAAAGACCUGUCUGUGAUGCUGAUGAAGAACAGGAACGAGGUGCAGGCCAUCGUCUACGAGGAGAACGCCGGAGAGGAGAGAAAGGUGCAGAGCCAGAGCGUCAUGCUGCAGCUGGAGUUCGGGGACACCGUCUGGCUCCGUCUCCAUGGCGACCCCCGCUACGCGCUCUACAGCAACACCGGGCACUACACCACCUUUAACGGCUACCUGAUCUACCCUGACAUACAGCUACCAGACCCACCACCACCAGCACCAGACGACGGGAGAUCUGCCUUCUCCGUGGGCCGCACCCAAAGCAUCCUGGGAAUCGACCAGGUGGGGGUACCGCAGCACCGGCCAAUCAGCUUCGACACUGCUUUCGUCAACAUCGGCGAGGACUUCAACGUGACGGAGGGCGUGUUCACCUGCCGCGUGCCGGGGGCGUACUACUUCUCCUUCAACGUGGGCAAGCUGCCCAUGAAGACGCUGUCUGUGAAGCUGAUGAAGAACCGCCUGGAGGUCCAGGCGAUGAUCUACGACGACAGCCAGGGCGAGAAGGCCCUGCAGAGCCAGAGCCUGAUGCUGGAGCUGAAAUCAAACGACGUCGUCUGGCUCUACUCCCACCAGAGAGACGGAUUCGGAGCCUACAGCAACCACGCCAAGUACAUCACCUUCACCGGUUUCCUGGUUUACCCCGACAUCAGCCCCAGCUCCCCCACCACUGCCACCACCAGCCAAUCAGAAGCCGCAAAGAGGCCCUAACUGCAGCUGGGUGGCAAAUGACUGAGCAUCCUGGGUGGGAUUCAUGUUCACACCGCAAAAACACAACAUCUUACCAAGAGGUUUUGGUCUGGUUUCUUAUUACACUUGAAAUAAGACAGAACUAACUUACAUGUAGCUUUUCAGCAAAAUUGGUAGCUUAUUUUCCAUAAUAUGUAGAAUAAUUCCCUGUAUGUGGAAUCCCAAAAAUUAAAAUGGAACCAUUUUAUGUACUUCUUUGCACUACGUUCAUCAAACUUUGGAAUCUCAAUUUUAAAUAGACAACAUGUUGAGGCCAUGGAAGAUGUGAAAUAACUUUGGUGUUCUGUUGUCUGAAGUCUACAUUUCUAACUGUUUAUAUGAAAAUUGUCUCUUUAGGCAGCUGAUAUUAUGUAAUAUACACACUUGAGUUCAUGACAAAUGUCCUCUAAGGGACAGAAAAAGAAUAUUCUGUUCUAACAUUGAUGAAAAAGUUCUGGUCCUAAUGGCAGAUUAUUUCAUUUCAAACAAGACAUUUAAUCCAUCAGUUGUACUUUUUUUAAGCAAUAUUCGUGAAUUAUUGACCUAGAACAAGCUCCUAUAUCUUGUUGAAAAAUUGCCUGCAAAUUAAUUUUGCCUUAAUUCAACUGUACUAAGAUAUUUUCUGUAGAAACUGGGCAAAGCUACUUGGUAAGAUUUUGUGUUUUUGCAGUGAAAGUCACAGAGGGUAUCAGGAAUAAUUCCUUCUCAAAGUCGAAGGAGUUUUGGACUCAGAACCUCAGAGAGAAUCUAUUUAGUUUAUAGCUAAUGGCUUCCCAUGUCAGGAGUCCAUCUCACUUGAGUGUGAAUAUUUCACUCUAUAAUGAAAGUUCCACUGCGUGUUUGAUUAUGCACAAAGGUUGCAAAUGUAAGAAAAUCAAAUUUAGCCCCAAUUCAAAAUAACCUCCUAGCAUAAUUUCAAUGAGAUCAACAGAAAGUGUUAGCAUUGGUGGUGGGCACCGCUAGCUAAAAUGUUAGCUGUGCUAACCCUAAGGGGCUAGUCAUAACCCUUCUGCUAUUGGUGAAGUGCUACACCGACAUGGUAUUUAGAGGGAGCUAAUGCUAAAGCGCUAACGUCAAUUCAUAUUAUAUCUGCCCUUGAAAGACUACAACGCUAAACCACCAAUUAUAUUUGACAUUAUAAUUUACAUAUUCUGUAAUUAUAUGUUGUGUUAUGUUUAUAUUUUUCUCUCAAGUUCCGGGUUGAAACUGACCCUGAGGAAAGGAAACAGUUGCUGCGUAAACAGUCUUCGCCCACUUCAAAGUAAGAGCAUGAAUAUAAACGUCUAACUACUGGAAGAGUUUUAAACUGUCUAUGACUAAAAGUUCAACACAUGUUGAACUUUAUUUAAUUAAACUUUCCCAAACAGCCAAGUAAAUUAUCCCUUUAGAAUCUAUAUGAACAAAUGAAUUUAGGGAAAGUGAGCUAAAUGUUUUCAAAGUUAGCAAAAGUGCUAAAUGAAACAUCAGAUCUGCUAUUAGCAGAUUAGCAGAAGGGUGCCCACCACUGGUUAGCACAAAUAUCAUCUAUCUGCACUUUACUAAAUAAUUAAUUCUGGUGAAAUUAGUCAGGUCCAGUGUAAAUAAAUACAAACUGAAACCAAUCUGGGUGCAGUUUUCUA